AAAAUGAAGAGUCGGAGCUGGCAACUCGUAGCGCCAAACACACCCGAACGUCGUUUUCCUCUUCCAUGGCGCUCGCGCCUGCAGACGGCUAGGGCUCGGCCUCGCGGUCGCGGAUGCUGAGUGCGCUGCGCGCGCACCAUGGCAUCGCCGGACUUCCCGGUGAGGCCGGGAGGUGGCGAAGCCGCGGCAGAAGGCGAGGGGGAGAGGAUGGCGGUGGCCCACUUGGCGGCGCGGACGGUUCGUUGGUUGGUGCGGGAUUCGCUGCUCCCGAUGCGGCGACGCCGCUACGCGGGGCGGCGGCGCAGCCCCGUCGCCCGAUGUGGAGGCGCGUCUUGAGGAGACAUAGCCGGGGAAGGUGAGAAGAAAGAAAGAGAAAAAGAUGAGCGAAGAAGAUGAUGAGGAGAGGAGCUUAUGGGUGGUGAGUGGUGACCCCAUUGCCAUGAUGGACCAACCCUUCGAUUUCAAUUAUUCUGAGAGUUUUUACUUGUUGAGCGACGGUGGGGGUAAAAUUGAAUUGAUAAUGAUUUGUUUAGAUGGUGAAUCAGAAUUUUUUUCUCUACAAAAAUCAGGUGAAAUUUCUGCUCUCUCAUCACUUGUCCAUCUUCGCAACUUCAAAAUGCAAGAUUGAAUCUGGAUGAUAUCAGGAACCCAAAAGGCAAAACAAUGAAAGGGCAAGAAAAAAGAGCCAGAUGAUGUUGAGAAGGCCUUCUUUACUAGCAUAAACCAGGACACCGACAUCAAGCUCCAGAUUCAACUAUGGACCCAACGGAUAUAACAUUCCGAUUGUUAGAAGAAAUUACAGAUGGAUUCUCCGAGGAGCGAAAAAUUGGUCAAGGUGCAUAUGGAACAGUUUAUAAGGGAGAGUUUAGAAAUGGAAAAGAGAUUGCAGUGAAGAUGCUUCAUAAUGAUACUCUAGGAUUUGACGAUAAGCAAUUCGAGAAUGAAUUUCAGAACCUUAUGAGGCUCGAGCAUCCAAAUAUUGUACGGCUAGUUGCCUACUGCUAUGAAACACAACAUAAAUACGCAGAGUACAAAGGAAGAAUAGUUUUUGCUGCAAUAAUACAUAGAGCGCUCUGCUUCGAGUAUUUAACCGGUGGAAGCCUUGAGAAUCAUCUUUCAGACGAAUUUCAUGGUCUUGACUGGCCUACACGGUUCAAAAUUAUUAAAGGGACAUGUGAGGGUUUAAAAUAUCUCCACGAGGGACUGAAGCCACCUAUUUACCAUUUGGAUCUUAAACCGGGCAAUAUAUUGCUGGACAAGAACAUGGUGCCAAAACUUGCGGAUUUUGGAUUGUCCAAGCUCUUCACCGAAGAGAAAACAAGGGUCACACAAACUCCAAUUGGGACAGUCGGAUACCUGCCGCCAGAAUACAUAGAGAAGAAUGUACUCUCAAACAAGCUAGACAUAUUCAGCUUGGGUGUUGUAAUGCUAAACGUAAUUGCAGGACCUAGAGGGCGCUCUAGAAGUGCUGAAAUGUCUUCCCAAGAAUUUACUGAUCUAGUACUAGGAAAUUGGACAGUCAGGUUACAAGCAACAUGGAAUGGUUCCUCAUUGGAAGCAUAUCGCCAACAGGUGAAGACGUGCACUGAAAUAGCUCUGAAAUGUGUGGAGAUUGAUAGACACAAAAGACCCAAUAUUUUGGAUAUCGUCAAUAAGAUUAAUGAGACAGAAACUAUGAUUGGCAAGUUGCCGAUAAGCCAUGGCUCAGAGGUCCGGUUCGUCAACGACCACCGCGAGAAGCAAACCUCAUACAGCGACGAGUUUAUCACCCUUGAGAGCAGGUUGGCCAGCCAUUUGAACUUAAGUGACACCCAAGUAAACCAAGAAGCUUAUCACCAUAACGGUUCUUCUUUCAAAGAGAAAGAAGAGGACCGAGAGGUGCAUCAGAUCAUUCCAAUGGAAAAUCCUGACAUUCCCAUAGAUGCGCAUCCCACUGAGCCAUGGAUUUUGACAGGCAAUAUUUUUGGCUCAGUCGACAUCCUGAACUGUGAUACACAAGAAACAGUGAACCUGCUUCAAAGCUCAUUUGGACCAAGAGCUAGCGCAGCCAAGUUGAUUGCGCGGAAGCAAUGGCUUGUGGUUGGAUAUCAUGAUGGUUUCAUAAGAGUGUACACAUACGAAUCCCCUGUACAGCAAGUGAAGAGAUUCAAAGCUCAUUCAUGGAACAUCACCUGUUUGGACGUUCAUCCAACUGAGCCUUAUGUGCUGUCGGUCGGCUUGCUUGACCCAAUUAAGAUGUGGGACUGGAACAAGGGCUGGGAGUGCAUUAGGAUGUUUGACAUGCAAGGUGUCCUAGCACAUGGAAUCAAAUUUAACCCGCACGAUUCAUACAAAUUUGCGGCUGCUUCCAUGAUGAAUGUACAGGUUUGGAAUUUCCGUUCUUCCCGUCGUGAAUUCACAUUGUUUGGGCAUGGAUCUGCAGUGAGCUGUUUCGAUUACUUCACUCGUGGAAAUCAGCAAUACAUAAUAACUGGUUCUUUGGACAAAACGGCUAGGAUCUGGGACUGCAAGAGCAGGACUUGUGUUCAAAUACUCAUAGGGCAUAUGGAUUGUGUUACCUGUGUUUGUUCCCAUCCAGACCUGCCAAUCCUACUUACAGGUUCUAAUGAUGAGACAGUUCGUCUGUGGAACUCAAUUACCUUCAAGCUUGAGGGUGUACUGGACUUUGAACUUGGAAAAGUCGGCGCUAUAGUUUGUUUGAAGGGUUCAAAACGGGUUGUGAUAGGUCAUCAGGCUGGACUAGUAAUUACUGAAAUUCGUAAUGAACAACCUGGUCCCAGCAACAGGGAAUAUAUCUUUCAGAAGACCAAUUGAACAGUGUGGAGAGGAGACAUAAAUAGCCAAGUCCUGUAAUUGGGAUGGCAAUGGGGAAAAAAAUGUAAUAUGAUGUAGAGUAGUUGAUAUCUAUGUAGUCUCAACCUGCACAAGCUUACUACUGUUUUUACUUGUGUUUUUAGUUUUAUAAGUCUUUUUUCCUUCCAAACUUUUCAUUAAUUUGGACAGGUUGACACAAUGCAAGCAACACUAUAGCAUUUGCUUCA